AUGGAGCGCUACGGACACAAUGUUAGAACAGAUGUAAAGAAACAGGGAUCAGAGAACUCAGAAUUACCUAUCCUAUGUGAAACAUGUUUAGGAGAAAAUCCAUACGUUCGAUUAAUAAAAGAAGAAAAUGGAAAAGAGUGUAAGAUUUGUAAUAAUCCAUUUACACUUUUUCGAUGGAAACCAGGGCAAAAGGCUAGAUAUAAACAAACGAUUAUUUGUAAUAUGUGUGCAAAAGUGAAAAAUGUAUGUCAAACGUGUUUAUUUGAUUUACAGUAUAAUUUACCUGUACAAGUGAGGGAUAAAUUUCUUGAAACUAGUAUUGCUGCUGUUCCUGAAAAUGAAACAAAUAGAAAUUUUUUUUUGGAACAAAUAGAAAAAAAUUUGGACACUGAUACAUAUGAUAAGAUGAAUAGAAUUAAUAUGGAUUUGUCAAAAUUAAAAAGAAGAGAUCCAUAUUUUAAAAGAAAUAUGGCAAGAGUAUGUAGUUUUUGGAGAAAAAAUGAAUGUAAUAGAGGAGCAGAAUGCCCAUAUCUUCACAAAGAAAUACAUUUAGAUAAAUCCCUUAGUAAUCAGAAUAUUAAAAGUAGGUAUACUGGAGAAAAUGAUGUAUUAGCAGAAAAAAUAUUAACAAGGUAUGAUAAGCAAAAUGAAGAGGAUAAAUUUAUGGCCAAUAGAAUAUGUAUUCAUGGAAUUAGUGAAUCAGUUAGUCAAGCAAAUAUUAAAGAAUGUUUUAAAAAAUUUGGUGAAAUCAAAUCAAUUAAAAUGAUACCUAAAGAUUCCAAAAUGUUCAUUUCAUAUGCCACUUCACAAAGUGCCAAAAAGGCAGCAGACAAGUAUAAAGAUGGCUUACAAUUAAAUGGUUCCAAUUUAACUGUUCUACUUAUGGAAGAAAUAAUGCCCAAAGCUGUUCCCUUUUUACCUCAACCACCACCCCCAGGUGCAGCAAGUGCACCUGCGCCUCUUCCCUAUGGAUGGUACAACAACAAAUGGAAUAAUCAGACGAAUAUAAACUUUAUGAAAAAAAAUAAUCAAACCAGUGCAUCUACCUCUCAAGGAAUCAUGAUGAAUAUACCUCCAAUGUUCUAUCCAUACCAGAAUUAUAAUUUCAAUCCAAAGGCACCCAAUUCUGCUCCAUAUUCUUCCAUGCGUCCGUCCGAAGCGGAGCAGAGAAAAUAG